GAAAUACAUGCCUGCGUGAGUGUGCUUAAUCCGUGCUCAUCCGAAGCGUGCCGGGGUUCCUUUCUCCCCCUCCCUCCUUGCCUCUCUGUUCAUAUAUCCCGGGCUGCCUCCAGCCAGCCUUUGCCCACUCGUCUCGCUGGUCCUGAGCACACAAAGGUGCAGGGCGUUUCUGAGAAUGAGCACCUUCUCUGAGACAGCAUGGCUCUGCCUGGCUGUCCCCGCAGCGCUGGGAGGAAUAGUUCUUUACAAACUCAAGAAGAGCCCGGGGCAGGUGGGGAGGAAGGUGGUCUGCCUGGCGGGCCUCUGGGCAGGGGCUUACCUGCUCAGCCUGUCCCUCUUCUGGGGCUGGGUCCUCUUCCCCCUGUCCUGUUUCCUCAUGUAUGCUUACUUAUCUGGCCACGAGUUUUUACCUGUGGAUCAAAAGGCGGUGCUGAUCACAGGUGGUGAUUCUGGAUUUGGCCACGCCCUGUCCAAAUAUCUGGAUGAGCUUGGCUUCACGGUAUUUGUCGGAGUUCUGAAUGAAAAGGGACCAGGAGCAGAGGAACUGCGAAGAACCUGCUCCAAGCGCGUCUCCGUGCUCCAGAUGGACAUCACCAACCCGCAGCAGAUAAAAGACGCCCACAGCAAAGUGGUGGAAAAGGUGCAGAACAGAGGACUGUGGGCUGUGGUCAACAAUGCUGGGAUCAUUGGCUUACCAGCGGACGGGGAGCUCAUUCCCAUGACUAACUACAAACAAUGCAUGGCCGUGAACUUCUUUGGGGCCGUGGAGGUCACAAAGGUAUUUUUGCCUCUUCUUAGGAAAUCCAAGGGGAGGCUGGUGAACAUCAGCAGCAUGGCAGGAGGGGUCCCAUUGGAGAAGCUGGCAGCCUAUAGCUCAUCCAAGGCAGCUCUAACCAUGUUUUCAGCAGUCAUGAGACAAGAGCUUUCCAAAUGGGGAGUUAAAGUCUCUGUCAUCCAGCCUGGAGGCUUCAAAACAAGUAUCGCGGGCACGAGUGAAAUGUGGAACAAGCUGGAGCAGGACAUCCUGGACAACCUUACCCCCGAAGUGCUAGAGGACUAUGGGCAGGACUAUAUCCUUGAGCAACGGGAUUAUCUCAAGUUCAUCAGCAGGUGUACCAACACUGAUAUGUCCCCUGUGCUCAUGGACAUCCGGCAUGCCGUGUCUGCUAAGAGCCCCUUUGCCUUUUACUCGCCAGGGCCGAUGGCUUAUCCAAUGCUCUGCUUUGUUUCAUUUAGUCCUACUGGCAUAUUUGAUUAUUUUAGCAAAAAGUUGUAUCACUUUAGAGGGAGCAUGCCCAAGGCGCUAACUAAGCAGGCCUAACUGAAGAACAAGGCAUGUAGGCAAAUAUGUGAGCAGUGUUAGUCUUGGAAUGAAAGGGAAACCUGAACUUCCCAUUAAAGGUGUGGUUUCCUACCUUGUA